UUAUAUUUAUUUUAAAUCUGCAAGGGGGAAUACGUGAUUUGGCAAAAAGUAGAAUUAAAGAACUGUUAGUUUGUUUUAUAAAUACGUGAUUUUGGUAUAUAGUGCGAUCAAAUUAAAUGUUACUGUUUGUUUUUAUAGUAAAUAGUGGUUUUAAAUCAGCAAAUUAAAUUAAACUUCAUUGUUGCAAAUCGACAGACCAUUCAAUCGUAUGGACUAAUUGUCUUUAUUUAUAACGCAUUCAUUUGAUUAUAAAACGGUGAACUAUUCAGGGUGACAGGUAGAAUUGCCGAUUAAACAGUCUGUGCGUGGAGUUUUAAUAUUUCACUUGUCUUGAUAUAAACAAAAUGUGGUCACCAAAAGGUGCUACAAGGAAUCGUGUAUCACCAAUUCAGAAUGGACAUACCCGUUAUGAUAGCGAUGUUAAAUCGGCAAAAUCUUCAAGUGGUAUACAAAUUGACAUUGAGAAAAAUGGCAAAAUUCCGUCAUCUUCGUCGAAUGAAUUAACAAAACUUAUACGACGAAGAAAAUACGACAAAUUACACGUAUCUAAAGCUGGACAUUUGAUGUUGAAUAGAUCAGAAAUACAUGGAAUUAGGAUACCGCCUCUUUCAAUACGAUUAAAAAACAAACUGUUUGAGAAGCCUGUAAAACCAGUGAAAGGGUGUGAUGCAUGGAAAUAUCACCAGAAACAGAACUGGAGAAAAUUUAAAAUAAGUUUAAAGGAAACUGGGUAUAAACUAGAACUAUGGAGAUCGUGGUUCAAGAGAAUAGAAGGUCACCAAGGAACAGGAGUGCUGUCAUACUUUGUGUUUUUGAAAUGGAUGUUCUUUUUGAACAUUUACUUGUUUUUGAUAAUGUUUUGGUUUGUGGUGUUUCCUCCAGUUGUAUUCGACAAAGAAAGUACUUACACUACUGAUGUAACAGGUACCAGUGUAUCUGGUGUUUCUACUACUAAUACCGACCAAUGUUCGACAAACUAUGAUAACAGCUUAAAUCAUUCAACAAGUGGAGCUAGUGUUAUCCAGGAUUUCAUUCAAGGAACUGGAUGGAUGGAGAACACGGCUCUCUUUUAUGGAUGGUACCCUGCAAAAGAGAUCAAUAUUACAUCUUCUAACGAAUAUUUAAUGCCAUUUGCCUAUUUUAUGGCAGUACUUGGUGUUUUAUUCUUCAGUCUUGUAAGAAUGGCAAGAUUUACAAUUAAAAGUUUUAAGGAAAACUUAGAUCAAAAUAAUCAGAAUGAUAAAGUAGACUAUUGUAACAAGAUAUUUGGAGGAUGGGAUUUUGCUUUGGAUGACGAGAAUACCGGUCAUGGCAAGAAAAACAGUAUUUACAAGGAUAUUGUUGCUAACCUUGCUCAUCAGAAGUACGUUUUAACCAGAUCAGAAUGGACAUCGGGUCAGAAAUGUAAGACCUACACAAUCAGGGUGUUGGUUAACAUCUUUAUUCUGGCUAUACUUGGUGGAGCAGGAUACUUGAUCUACUAUGUCAACAAAUGGGCAACUGAUUACCUUGCUACCGAAGCGUCAAGUGGGAGUGUAGUGAUACUUCUUGUAGAAUUUUUGCCAUCACUGACAAUUACUCUCCUGAAUGUAAUAAUACCAUUGUUGUUCGAAGUACUGGUCAAAGCUGAGGAUUACACAGAGGAGUUUGUCAUCAAAAUUACAUUAGUAAGAACUGUGUUCCUUAAAUUGGCAUCACUUACAGUUUUGAUGAUUUCCUUGUAUAUCCAAAUAAGCUGUUCAACGAAGACAGCAGACUGUAAUGUUUGUUCAACAAUUAUUUGUUGGGAAACAUAUGUUGGCCAAACAUUGUAUAAGUUGGUAGUGCUAGAUUUCUUAGUGCACAUCCUUGUUAUAUUCUGCUAUGAACUACCACGCAAGCUGUGUACCACUAAAUGUUCUUGCGGUAUUUGUGCCAAAGUUGGCCCUGCUGAAUUCGAUAUUGCCAAAAGUGUACUUGACUUAGUGUAUACACAAGCACUCUGUUGGAUUGGGUUCUUAUAUUGUCCACUGCUCCCUGCAUUAGCUGUUAUAUCUACUUUUACCCAAUUUUACCUCAAAUUGUUAUCUGCUUUAUAUACAACAGUUCCACCAGAAAAGCCAUAUAAAGCAUCAAAAUCUAACAAUUUCUUCAUGAUUGUGCUAAUGAUCACCUUUUUCUUAUGCUGUUUUCCAGUAGGUUAUUCUAUGGUCAAGAUCGAGCCAUCAAAAGGAUGUGGGCCUUUCAGAAUCUACAGUGAUAUGAGUGUUUCAGUUGACACCACAAUAAGUAACUUCCCAGAUAGAUUGAAGACAGCUAUUGAAAUUCUUACAUCUACAUCAAUGAUCGUGUCUGUGUUGACAAUCCUAUGUUUGACGAUCUAUUACCUGUAUGUGAGAGGCAAAGCCCAUAAUGAAAGAGCAGAAGUAAUGAAAGAACAACUUGUUAUGGAAGGUAAAGAUAAACAGUUUUUGCUUGCAAAAAUGUAUGAUAUAACUGGUGAAACAAGACAAAAACCACCUAAACAAAACCCGCCUCCACCAACAGUUAAGACAGUGAAUGAAGAAGAAGAUUAUAAUGAAGAAUUUUUAGCGAAGACAAAACAUUUCAUACAGGAUGAUGUACCCCCACCGCCAGCAUAUGAAGAAAAACUAACUGAAGACAAACAACCAACUCCUCCACCUCCUCAGGUAGAGGAUGAUUGGGAUGAGACCCCUAUUGUAUUAGCAGUCACCUCACCCCAAACACAACCAACGCAUAAUCGUCCUAAAUCUUCGUCUCCAGACCUCUUUGAAAAGAAGAAAAGAAAAACAAAAAAAUCAAAGGUUACUCCUAGAGUCGAAAAGAAUGAACAACCUUCAAAUAUGCCUUUUGACUUUUAAUAAUUGACUUUUGACAAUGAAAAGCAUGUCUGUGAUACAUUUAUCUUGAUGAACCGUCCUGAUAUGAAUAUAAUGAUAUAUCAUAUAUCCGUCCUCAUUUCUAUGUAAAUGCAUGUUAUAAAAAGAAUAUAAAAACAUUUGAUGUU